AUGCGCCGCCUGCCGCGGGCCCCGCUGCUGCAGCUCGCCCUGCUGGUGGCCGCCGGGGCCCCCGACGCGCCCGUCAGCGCCCCGCGGAGCCUGGCGUGGGGCCCCGGGCUGCGGGCGGCCGUCGUCCUGCCCGUGCGCUACUUCUACGUGCAGGCGGUCAGCGCGGAGGGCCGGAACCUCACCCGCUCGCCCCCAGGUCCAACACUGUUCAAAGUCAUAGUAAAAUCUCUUUCACCUAAAGAGAUAGUCCGGAUUUAUGUCCCUAACCCUUUGGACAGAAAUGAUGGAUCAUUUUUGGUGAGAUAUAGGAUGCAUGAUACUGCCCAUGAAGGUCUCAAGAUUGAGGUCCUGUAUGGUGGUGAACAUGUGGCUCAGUCUCCCUAUAUUUUGAAAGGACCUGUGUACCAUGAGUACUGUGAAUGUCCAGAAGAGGAUCCCCAGAUCUGGCAGAGAACUCUUUCUUGUCCAGCAGAUGAAACCCAGAUCGAAGACGAUUUUGCUUCUUUCCCCAGCAUCAAUCUCCAACAGAUGCUAAAUGAAGUCCCCAAAAGGUUUGGGGAUGAGAGAGGAGCUGUUGUUCAUUACACAAUUCUCAAUAACCACAUCUACCGGAGAUCUUUAGGGAAAUACACAGACUUCAAAAUGUUCUCUGAUGAGAUAUUGCUGUCAUUGGCAAGAAAGGUUCUCCUGCCAGAUUUAGAGUUUUAUAUCAAUCUUGGAGAUUGGCCCUUGGAACAUCGAAAAGUGAAUGACACCCCUAGCCCUAUACCUAUCAUUUCCUGGUGUGGCUCUCUGGAUUCUAGAGACAUUAUCCUUCCAACAUAUGAUAUCACCCACUCCACACUUGAAGCUAUGAGGGGUGUUACAAAUGAUCUCCUCUCUAUUCAGGGAAAUACAGGGCCUUCCUGGAUCAAUAAAACAGAAAAAGCUUUCUUCAGAGGUAGAGACAGCCGAGAGGAGAGGCUGCAGUUGGUACAACUUUCCAAAGAAAAUCCACAGCUGCUGGAUGCUGGGAUCACAGGAUACUUCUUUUUCCAAGAGAAAGAAAAAGAGCUUGGAAAAGCCAAGUUGAUGGGUUUCUUUGAUUUCUUCAAGUACAAGUACCAGGUGAAUGUGGAUGGGACUGUGGCUGCAUAUAGGUACCCAUAUCUCAUGCUAGGAGACAGCCUGGUUCUGAAACAGGACUCCCCAUAUUAUGAGCAUUUCUACUCAGCACUAAGACCUUGGAAACACUAUGUUCCCAUUAAAAGAAAUCUCAGUGACCUUCUAGAGAAAGUGAAAUGGGCCAAGGAAAAUGAUGAAGAAGCAAGGAAGAUUGCAAAGGAAGGGCAGUCCACUGCUAGGGACCUGCUACAGCCACACAGGCUUUACUGCUACUCUUAUAGAGUGCUGCAGAAAUACGCAGAGCACCAGUCCAGCAAACCUGCAAUCCGAGAUGGCAUGGAACUUGUUCCUCAGCCAGGUGACAGCACAUCCACCUGCCAAUGUCACAGGAAAAUGCCUCCGAGGGAGGAGCUUUAGGGCAGCCCAGACUCACACUCCUGGGUAUGUCAGCUCCACCUUUCAAACGAAGAUAGAUGCCAAGCUGUGAAGAAAAGCAGCAGCCAAGCGUGGUGGCUAACCCCGCAUUCAGAAGCUGAAGCAAGAACAGUGCUUCGAGUUCAUUUGCCUGAGCUACCUUGUAAGCUCCAGGCCAGCCUACCUGUUCAGUAAGAAACUGUUUAAAAAAGAAAAAGAAAAAUAGAUGAGGAAAAAAAAAAAAAGACACACCAA